AUGGAUAAGACCUGGGCUUGGGUGUCUCUUAUUCCAACCUUUGGGAUUUGUUUCAUCAGCGGCGUUUUGCAAUUCGCAUCAGGUCUAAUCCGACAGACGCUGCUUCAAAACGUAGAGAAUGGCGAUUUUCAAUACAUCAACUGGAUAUGCUCCGUUUAUUCUGGAUUUUAUAAUUUACUCGGUCCUCUCUCUAGCGUCUUCGUUUACAAGAUGGGCUGCCGGAAGACUGUACUGAUUGGUGGAACGAUUGAAACGUUAGGGUUCACCAGUUCUUUUUUCCGACGAGCUCCCCCUCUCACCUUCGCUGACCACACGAAGCAGCCAGAGCCAGCAGCCCAGCUUCAUCAGCAGCAGCAUCAGGCCGACCAGCUUCAACCAGCAGCAUCAGGCCGACCAGCUUCAACCAUCGGCAGCAGCAUCAGGCCGACCAGCUUCAACCAUCGGCAGCAACAUCAGGCCGACCAGCUUCAAGCAGUAGCCGGCCGACCCAGCUUCAACAGCAGCAGCAGCAGCCGGCUACAUGAUAUGCACUACCCUACACUCGGCUACAUGAUAUGCAAGAGCCUACCCUCGAACUACCAAGCUGCGAUCCUGCACGACAGUCAUACCAAAGACGAACUGACUACACCAGCGCCGUCCGCGUCGAUCCUCUCUCUCCUCAAGCGCCGACGCGCUCUUUACUCAAGUACAGACAUCCAGGGAUCGAUUGGACCUCGAACACCGCUGUUCCAUCGGCCUACCUUCAAGCUGUCGCCUUGA